UCUUUCUUCCCGCUGCAGCCGAACAAAAAAAAGGGGGGAACCCGGCACCAGCUUUGAGAAACCGAUGAGAUAAGCUUGGUUUUGGCCUUCUUCUCUUGUUCUAGAACACCUUUAGAACCCAGAAAUUUCCCCCACCCCUCUGCAGUUUCCGGAUCUGCUCUGCUUGCCCGUCCGUUGCUGCUUCUAGGCCCGAAAUUCUGGGCAUUUUUCUGCUCGUGAGCUUCCCCCUGCAAAUUCCCGCCGGCCUCUUCCCCCUGCAAGGUCCGGUUCUGCAGUUGGAAUUCUGGUUUUCGAUCGUUCUGUCAGUUAGCACUGAGAUUGAGUGCUCGGUUUUAUGUGAGUGAGGAAGUGAAACCGAGGACGGGGAAACCACGAGAAGUGACGAGUUAGAAGGCUAGCCAUAUUGUAAUUGGAUAUAAAUUUUAGAUAUGAAUAAUGAUCUUGUAUUUGGAGAUUUUUAUGAUAUCAAAGUAAAUUUUAAAGAUUUGAUCUUCAGAUUUUGAUGGUAUCAGAUUGUGGUGUGAUAAGUUCCGAGCCUUGUGCAUUUGUGGGACCCGUCUCACGAGUGCACGGCGUCUGUUGCGUCUCGAAAUUGGGUUUUGGGGCGUGACACCAUUGUUGGUCUGAAUAAGUUUUCUAGACCAAC